UAACCUUGCUCUGCGACCGGGAGCAUCACUGAAGGAAUGUGAAUGUGUGUUUGGGUGUCCUCCUCUUGUUGCUAAUUGUUGAUGCAGUCCAGAGGGUCCUCUCGCAUGGUGAUUAAGGCUCAUUCCAGCUUUCAUCUGAUCUCUGUCCGCUCGGACCUACAAUGAUAAGCACCGAGAGUGUUUUGGAGAGUGGAGACCAGCCUUGCAUCCGGCUGGAGCCUCUGAAGACCACGCACUUGCCGGGCAAGGCGACGCCGACCGGUGGCAGCUGCGCUGCUCUGGUGGACGGCAGCCCCAAAGUGACAGCCAACGGGGUGCACGACAUAGAGGACCGGAUUCUGAGGAUCACCGGCUACUACGGCUACAACCCAGGCUACUCCAGUCAUAGAAGAGAGGACGGUUCAGAGUCUCAUGCAGAGACACCAGGCAGCGAGACCAGUGGAGAGAGCCGGUCCUAUCAGACAUGUACCAACACAGCUCUGAAGGUGCUGGGUGGUCUGCUGAUGGUGCUGUGUAUCUCCUCCUCCUGGGUGGGUACCACUCAGCUGGUUAAGCUGACCUUCCAGUCGUUCUCCUGUCCCUUCUUCAUCUCCUGGUUCAGCAGCAACUGGAAUAUCCUCUUCUUCCCCAUCUACUACUCCGGACAUGUGGUGAUCACAAGGGAGAAGCAGACCCCCAUUCAGAAAUUCAGGGAGUGUAGCAGGCUCUUUGGGGAGGACGGGAUGACUCUCAAGCUUUUUGUAAAGAGGACAGCGCCCUUUUCAAUCCUGUGGACGCUGACCAACUACCUGUACCUCCUGGCCUUGAAGAAGCUGACCGCCACUGAUGUGUCUGCCCUUUACUGCUGCCACAAGGCCUUCGUCUUUCUCUUGUCCUGGAUUGUGCUCAAAGACCGGUUCAUGGGUGUUCGGAUUGUGGCAGCUAUAAUGGCCAUCACAGGUAUCGUCAUGAUGGCUUAUGCUGAUGGUUUCCACGGUGAUUCCUUUGUGGGUGUGGCAUUGGCUGUGGGCUCGGCCUCUACAUCAGCGCUCUACAAGGUGCUGUUCAAGAUGUUCCUGGGCAGUGCCAACCUUGGAGAAGUCGCUCACUUCCUUUCCACUAUGGGCUUCUUCAAUCUCAUCUUCAUCUCCUGUGUGCCCCUCAUCCUCUACUUCACCAGAGUGGAACACUGGGGCUCCCUGUCCUCACUGCCUUGGGGAUACAUGUGUGGGCUGGCAGGACUGUGGCUGGUGUUUAACAUCUUGGUCCAUGUUGGUGUGGUGCUGACAUACCCCAUUCUCAUUUCCAUAGGGACUCUGCUCAGUGUACCAGGCAAUGCAGCCGUGGAUGUUUUGAAACAUGAGGUGAUCUUCAGUGUGGUGCGCCUGGCAGCCACCUGCAUCAUCUGCCUGGGCUUUUUGCUCCUGCUGCUACCAGAGGAGUGGGAUUCAGUCACACUGCGUUUCCUGUCCAACAUCACAGAUAAGAAGUCAGAGGAAAACGGCGAAGAGCUCACAGAGUCCAGUGUCAACACUCGAAGCCGCAGUCGAGCAAAUGGCGCUGUCUCAAUUCCCUUGGCAUGACACGGCAGAGCUCUGCUUGUAGCCUCUGUUAACCAGCCUUGAAGCCCUCAUGUUCUCCUAUUGCCCACCCAGGAGGUGUGGCGGGAUGUUCAGUCCUCAUGGACUCUAUCAGGAAGGCAGGAAGUAUUGUCUUGAACUUUAGACGGAGAUGGAGAUGUAUCUGUGUCUCUGCCACUUCACUGCAGGAGGGGAAACCAAGAACAUUUAUGGAUCUUGCAAAUUGAAAGGGUGGAAGUUAUUUACUUUCUUGAAAUACUUGCCACGCUCAGUCCCGUUCCUCGCACGUACCCAAACCAAGAGCUGUCUGUGCUCCCCUGACUUGCUCUGCGGACUGUAUUCUGUGAAUAUAAAUAUUGGCAGGGCCAGUUUGGCUCAAUCUUAUAUGUAUUUAUGAUAUUUAUUUAGAGCUGUAUCAAUAAGAGUAUUAUUUUAAGUCUUAUUGAAUAGUAUUACAUACAAGAAUGGCAAUUAUACUAUGCGUAAUGUACAGGCUAUUUUGGUUUUAUAAUAAAAAACUUAAAACCCACAUUCAUAGCAACGUAGUUGA